GCGAGAUGAUGGACGGUCGCCUCCUGGAGCACCCGCAUGCCCAGUUCGGGGGCUCGCUGGGCGGCGUGGUGGGCUUCCCCUACCCGCUGGGCCACCACCACGUGUACGAGCUGGCCGGCCACCAGCUGCAGUCGGCCGCCGCCGCCGCCGCCGCCGCCGCCUCGGUUCCCUUCUCCAUCGACGGCCUGCUCAGCAGCUCGUGCGCCGCGGCCGCCGCCUCGGUGGUCAACCCCACGCCGCUGCUGCCCGCCGCCUGCGGGGUGGCGGGUGACAGCCAGCCCUUCAAGCUCGCAGACUCCGGGGAUCCGGACAAGGAGAGCCCCGGCUGCAAGCGGAGACGCACCCGCACCAACUUCACCGGCUGGCAGCUGGAGGAGCUGGAGAAGGCCUUCAACGAGAGCCACUACCCGGACGUGUUCAUGCGCGAGGCGCUGGCGCUGCGCCUGGACCUCGUGGAGUCCCGAGUGCAGGUCUGGUUCCAAAACCGCCGGGCCAAGUGGAGGAAGAAGGAGAACACCAAGAAGGGCCCGGGCCGGCCGGCCCACAACUCGCACCCGACCACGUGCAGCGGGGAGCCCAUGGACCCCGAGGAGAUCGCCCGCAAGGAACUGGAGAAGAUGGAGAAGAAGAAGCGCAAGCACGAGAAGAAACUGCUCAAGAGCCAGGGCCGCCACCUGCACUCGCCUGGCGGCCUGUCCCUGCACAGCGCGCCCAGCUCCGACAGCGACAGCGGCGGCGGGGGCCUGUCUCCGGAGCCGCCUGAGCCGCCGCCGCCCGCCGCCAAGGGCCCCGGAGCGCAGGGCUCCGGCGUCGCGGGCUCUGCGCCCGCUCCCCCCGGCGAGCCGCCGGCGCCCGGCACCUGCGACCCCGCCUUCUACCCGAGCCAAAGAAGCGGCGCCGGCGCCCAGCCGCGGCUAGGCCGCCCCGCGGACAAGGACGCGGCCCCGUGCGGGCCCGGGGCGGCGGCGACGGCGGGCCCGCCCAAGGCUAGCCCGUUCAGCGUGGAGAGCCUGCUGUCCGACUCGCCGCCGCGCCGCAAAGCCAUCCCGGCCAACGCGGCGGCCACCGCGGGGCUGGACUUCGCGCCGGGGCUGCCCUGCGCGCCUCGGACCCUGAUCGGCAAGGGCCAUUUCUUGCUCUACCCCAUCACGCAGCCGCUCGGCUUCUUGGUGCCGCAGGCCGCGCUCAAGGGCGGAGCGGGCCCGGAGCUGGCGCCCAAGGACGCGCCCCCCGCGCCGCCCGCGCCGCCCCCCGCGCCUUUCCGGGACCUGGCGGCGGCGGCGGCGGCCGAGAGCGGCGCUGGGGACCGCGUGGACGCGGGGAUCGGCUGCCCCGCGGCCCCGCCGCCCCCGCCCCUCGAGACAUCGCCGGGCCCCGGAGCCCCCAGCCCGCCCGCGGAGCCCGCCCCCUGCGGCGCCGCGGAGCCAGGCGCUGCCACGGGACCCAGCCCGCCCGAGGGCGAGGAGGUGGACAUGGACUGAGCUGGGGGCUGCGGCCGGAGGAGGCCCGCUCGCUCUCUCGGCCCCGGACUCCCCAACGAAUCAGGUGAUCGGCUCUUAGAGACACUGCUCUCCCCUCCUGCUUUCUGUUUCCUUCCUCUUAUUAUUAUUUUUAAAGGCAAAACGAAAACGCUGUGUCGGUGGGGACCGAGGCGGCAGCUGCAGGUCCUGCCUGGGGCGAGGUCCCCUCCUCCGAAAGGAGCAAAAGACCCCUUCGCCCCCAACCCACAAAAACCCCACAACGAGAAUCCUCAGCCUUGUAAAAUGCAAAAAUGUCUAAGAAUAUUUAUAUAUGUACCAUUUUUAUAAAUAAAGCUGAUCCAG